CAACCUCGUAAGCAUUGUUCGCUUUCACUUUUCAGUUGGCUUGCGGUGCUAUCGACAUCAACAUGAAGUUUUCCGGAUUCCUUUUCUCCUUAUUGUGUGGAUUAAAAUUGCUUUUUCUAGUGCCGGCAAGAGCCAAUGACUUUUCCUCGUUUCUCAGCGCAAACGCUUCUCUUGCCGUGGUUGUGGAUUACGAGUAUAUGGCCACUCACAGACAGAAUAUUAUGGCGCAUUUCGAGAAAAUCUUGAGCGAUAUUGUCCGCGAGAAUAUGAAGAAUGGUGGCAUUAAUGUGCGUUACUUUACGUGGAACUCCAUCAAAAUUAAAAAGGAUUUCUUGGCUGCCAUAACGGUGGCGGAUUGUGAGAACACCUGGAAUUUUUAUAAAACCACGCAGCGAACUUCGGUUUUAUUAAUUGCCAUAACAGACUCGGAUUGUCCACGUUUACCACUAAAUCGUGCGUUGAUGAUACCCAUGGUCGAUCAUGGUGAUGAAUUUCCCCAAAUCGUACUAGAUGCCAAGGUGCAAGGCAUUUUCAAGUGGAAAGCAGUUAUUGUGCUGGUCGAUCAAUCCAUACUUGAAAGCAAUCCGAUGCUGGUAAAGUCUAUAGUGCAUGAGAGUACCACCAAUCAUAUACCGCCCAUUUCGGUGAUUCUCUACAAGAUCAAUGAGAAACUGCGUGGUCAGCAAAAGCGUGCUGCUCUGCGUGAGGCAUUAGCUCAAUUUGCUCCUCCCAAACACGAACUGAAACGUCAGAAUUUCUUGGUGAUUUCCAAGUUUCAUGAGGACAUUAUUGAGAUUGCCGAGACGCUGAGCAUGUUUCAUGUGAACAAUCAAUGGAUGUUCUUUGUGCUCGAUGAACGUCGAAGGGAUUUCGAUGCCAAUACAGUGACUAUUAAUCUAGACGAAGGCGCUAACAUUGCAUUUGCUCUCAACGAAACUGUGGCCAAUUGUGUUGAUACGCUGAACUGCACCAUAACUGAGGUAUCCAUGGCAUUGGUCACUUCCUUGUCACGCAUGAUCCUGGAGGAACAGUCCAUCUAUGGUAAAAUAUCUGAUGAGGAAUGGGAGUCGAUACGUUUUACCAAGCAAGAGAAACAAGACGAAAUGCUGGAGUACAUGAAGGAUUACCUGAAGCUAAACAGCAAGUGCGCAAGUUGUGCCAGAUGGCGUUUUGAGACUGCCAUUACCUGGGGCAAGAGUCAGGAGAAUCGCAAAUAUCGUCAAGGUAAGCUUACGCCCACUCGCACAUCUAAAAAUCGGAACUUCGAGUUCCUAAACAUUGGCUACUGGAGUCCUUUGUUGGGCUUCAACUGUCGGGAGCUUACAUUCCCACACAUCGAGCAUCAUUUUCGAAACAUAACCAUGGAUAUUGUGACAGUGCACAAUCCACCCUGGCAAAUACUAACCAAAGACAGUCGCGGCGUCAUUGUCGAGCACAAAGGCAUUGUCAUGGAAAUCCUCAAGGAACUAAGCCGUGCUCUCAAUUUUAGUUACUACCUGCAUGAGGCGAAUUCUCACGAAUACCAACCCUCGCUGAUCCAGGGCACAAAUGAUAGCGUAAGCAACAAGUAGAGAAGAUUAUAUAAUUCGAUUGCCUAUAACAAUAUUAUCAUAUAUCUGCAGGAUGAGCUAAUGGGAUCGAUGACUUAUCGCAUUCCUUAUCGCGUUGUGGAACUGGUGCAACACAAUGAUUACUUUAUGGCCGCUGUGGCAGCCACCAUCGACGAGCCGCACAAGAAGCGUUUCAAUUACACGCAACCCAUAAGUGUGCAAAAAUACACGUUUAUAUUGCGACAACCGGAUGAAGUGAGUCGCAUUUAUCUCUUUAUGGCGCCAUUUACGCUUGAGACGUGGGGCUGCCUGGCGGGGAUUACACUGCUAACAGCGCCAAUGCUGUAUGCGGUGAAUCGUCUAGUGCCGUUGCAAGAGUUGCAAAUCAAGGGACUGUCGACGGUCAAGAACUGUUUCUGGUACAUCUAUGGAGCGCUGCUUCAGCAAGGUGGCAUGUAUUUGCCGAGAGCAGACAGCGGCAGAUUGGUUGUGGGCUUCUGGUGGAUAGUUGUCAUUGUGCUCGUGACCACCUAUUGUGGCAAUCUGGUUGCUUUUCUCACGUUUCCCAAGUUUCAGCCAGGCAUAGAUUAUCUGUCCCAACUCUUUAACCACAAGGAAAUCAAGCAAUAUGGACUGCGCAAUGGCACCUUUUUUGAGAAAUAUGUGGAGACCACAACACGCCAGGAAUUCAAGCGUUUCCUGGAAAGUGCUGCUAUCUACAACACAGCACAGGGCGAGAAUGUCGAGGCAGUAAAACACGGAGACCGUAUUAACAUUGAUUGGCGCAUCAAUCUGCAGCUGAUUGUGCAGCAGCACUUCGAAGUCGAUAAAGAGUGUCGCUUUGCCCUGGGCAAGGAAGACUUUGUGGAUGAACAAAUCGGGUUGAUUGUACCAUCGAGUAGUGCCUAUUUGCAUUUGAUUAAUCAACACAUUGAUCGAUUGUUUCGCAUGGGUUUCAUUGAACGUUGGCACAAAAUCAAUCUGCCGUCGAUGGACAAGUGCAAUGUUAAGAAUGUUCAGCGACAGAUCACCAAUCACAAGGUGAACAUGGAUGAUAUGCAAGGCUGUUUCAUGGUGUUGCUAUUUGGCAUCAUUGCAGCAUUGUUGAUCACCUGCUUUGAGUUCUGGUAUCAUCGUCUGGUUGUUGUGAAGCGACAGCGUAAGAACAUUGCGUUUGCCAAUUGAGAAAUACAACAAGACAUGAAGUCGCAUCCGAUAUUACAACUUGAAGUGUGUAAAAUAAGUUGUGGUUUGAAUUUGGGUUUUUACUAUAUGAACAUUAUUUUGCAAUAAAAAUCAGCUCCAGCUUAUUCUGUUGUUCAUCUCAGUUAUCUCCUCUUUACGUCGAGUUGGCGUUGGGGCCACGACGACGGCCAAAGCCGUGCACAAUGUUGACGAAGCGACGAUUGUACUGGAUCCUGCGCUUAGCACGGCCGGUCUUCUUCUUCUUCUUCUCCUGCUUCUCAACCUUUGGGGUCUGGCCCUUGACCUUACCGGCACGCGCCAAAGAACCGUGCACCUUACCACCGAUCAUGGGAAUGGUCAGAUCCAACUCGAAUGAGCUCAAGGCGGU